GCGACUCGAUUUCCUCCUCUGACGAUCAACGUUGGCGGAAAUGGUUUUGGUGUGGGCUGAGGGCGAGGGGAGUACGGUGGCUGGAGAGGGUUAGAAUUGGUGGAGUAGAGCGGUAGUAGCGGCAGCUGUAGCAGGAACCGGCCUGGCUCGGCUGGCUGGCUGGUGGGUUGGCGAUCGCUUUUUCCCCUCCCCGCCGUGCCUGGCGAAGUAGCCAUGUCGCUGCUCCAGUCGGCGCUGGAAUUCCUGGCCGGGCCCGGCUCCUUGGGGGCCGCCAGCAGAGAUCAGAAUGACUUCGUGGGGCAGGUGGUGGAGAUGGGCGAAAUGAAGCUGCGGAUCAAGAAGGUCAUCGCGGAAGGUGGUUUUGCUUUUGUGUAUGAAGCUCAGGAUCUUGGAAGUGGGAAAGACUAUGCUUUAAAGAGAUUAUUGUCUAAUGAAGAAGAAAAAAACAAAGCCAUCAUUCAAGAAGUUUGUUUUAUGAAAAAGCUAUCUGGUCACCCGAACAUUGUCCAGUUCUGCUCUGCUGCGUCGAUAGGAAAAGAAGAAUCUGAUACUGGGCAAGGGGAGUUUCUUCUGCUAACCGAGCUUUGCAGAGGGCAACUAGUGGAGUUUUUAAAGAAAGCUGAAUCCAAAGGGCCCCUCUCAUGCGACACGGUUUUAAAGAUAUUUUAUCAGACCUGCCGUGCAGUGCAACAUAUGCACAAGCAGAAGCCUCCUAUUAUUCAUCGAGAUUUGAAGAUUGAAAAUAUGCUGAUGGGUAACCAAGGAACAAUUAAAUUAUGUGACUUUGGAAGUGCAACAACCAUAGCACAUUAUCCAGACUACAACUGGUCUGCGCAGAAAAGAGCAACCGUUGAAGAGGAGAUCACGAGGAACACAACACCAAUGUAUAGGACUCCUGAAAUAAUAGAUCUGUAUUCAAACUUUCCAAUUGAUGAAAAACAGGAUAUAUGGGCAUUGGGUUGCAUCCUCUAUUUGUUAUGCUUUAGGCAACAUCCAUUUGAAGAUGGAGCUAAGCUUCGAAUAGUCAAUGGAAAAUAUUCCAUUCCACAAAACGACACAAGAUACACAGUAUUUCAUGAUCUCAUUUGCUCGACUUUGAAGGUGAACCCAGAAGAGAGGUUGUCCAUCACUGAGCUUGUGAACCAAUUGCAGGAGAUUGCAGCUGCUAGGAAUGUGAACCCAAAGUCCCCUAUCACAGAGCUCCUUGAACAAAAUGGAGGCUAUGGAAAUAAUGCUCAGCCUAGAACAUCUUCAGCUGUGGUAGCACAGAACUCAAAACCAACGGGACAACUCAACAAUAUGUAUAAUGCAGGUCUGACAGUAGCAGAAUGCGACCAGACUUACAGCGGGUUCUUUGAUAUUCUUAGGGGUGGGACGGAGAGGUUUCUCACAAAUAUCAAGGACACGUCUUCAAAAGUUAUUCAGUCUGUGGCCAAUUAUGCUAAGGGAGAUCUGGAUAUAUCAUACAUCACUUCCAGAAUUGCUGUGAUGUCCUUUCCAGCAGAAGGCGUUGAGUCUGCAAUAAAAAAUAACAUAGAGGACGUGCGGUUGUUCUUAGACUCGAAACAUCCUGGACGCUAUGCUGUCUACAAUCUGUCUCCAAGAACAUACAGGCCCUCCAGAUUUCACAACAGGGUUUCUGAAUGCGGCUGGCCAGCAAGGCGUUCGCCAAAUCUUCAAAACCUUUAUAGCAUUUGCAAGAACAUGCAUUUAUGGCUGAAGCAAGAUCCAAAGAACGUCUGCAUUGUGCAUUGCCUUGAUGGAAGAGCAGCAUCAGCUGUUGUUGUCUGUUCAUUCUUAUGUUUCUGCCGUCUAUUCACUACUGCCGAAGCUGCUGUUUAUAUGUUUAGCAUGAAGCGCUGCCCGCCCGGCAUUUGGCCAUCCCAUAAGAGGUAUAUAGAAUAUAUGUGCGACAUGAUGGCUGAAGAGCCCAUUAUCCCUCACAGCAAGCCAAUCAUCAUCAAGUCUAUUGUCAUGACUCCAGUCCCUCUUUUCAGCAAGCAGCGCAAUGGCUGCAGGCCUUUCUGUGAAGUUUAUGUUGGGGAUGAAAGAGUAGCCACUACCUCACAAGAAUAUGAUAAAAUGAAGGAUUUUAAAAUUGAAGAUGGCAAAGCUAUAAUUCCGUUGGGCAUAACAGUCCAAGGAGAUGUUCUAAUUGUUAUCUAUCAUGCCAGGUCCACUUUGGGUGGCAGACUCCAAGCCAAGAUGGCAUCAAUGAAGAUGUUCCAGAUCCAGUUUCAUACCGGAUUUGUCCCACGGAAUGCCACUACUGUGAAAUUUGCAAAGUAUGAUCUGGAUGCGUGUGACAUUCAAGAGAAGUAUCCUGACUUGUUCCAAGUGAAUCUAGAAGUUGAAGUGGAGCCUCGAGACAGACCCAGCACAGAGCGAGCCCCCUGGGAUAAUUUGAACAUCAAGGGUCUAAAUCCCAAGAUCCUCUUCUCCAGCCGGGAAGAGCAGCAAGAAAUUUUAACGAAAUUUGGUAAGCCUGAGCUCCCUAGACAACCAGGGUCAACUGCCCAAUAUGAGGCAGAAGCAUCGAAGUCAGAGCUAUCGUACGAAGGUGCUCCUAUGGAGUCGGACUCUCCCCAGAGCAGCAGCACUGAGGCAGACUUCUUCCACACACUGGACUGGCAAGAAGGCAAAAAUUCUGAAGCUGCACCCGAGGGUCACUUUUCCAAAGAGAGUCCUGGGCUGAUGGAGGAAAGGGAUGAUAGUGAACCUUCCGACGAAGAAUUUGUGGCGUUUCCCAGUGAUGUGAGACCAGCUGAGGAAAGAGAAAAACACACAUUGGAAAAGGAGGGUGGUGAGGCACUCUUUGAGGCAGAUUUUGACACUUCAGAUCCUCACCCAGAAGAGACUCCUGUGGAAGACAGCGUUGACUUGCUUGGACUAGAUUCAGAAGCUCCUUCAGAGCUGCUCCAGCCUCCUUCAGAGAUGAAGAGCUCCUCGAGCAAUGCAGACUUGCUGAGCGACCUGUUUGUCAGUGACGCAGCAGAGAGCUCAGAAGACUCCACUGCAGACCUUCUAGGAAAAGGAGCAGACUUCUUCUUUGGUGGCCAAUCGCAACCCUCCACAAAUCCCCACCAGAGUAGCGCACCCUCUUCUUCCACAGCUGACCCGUUUGACCCAUUCACAAUGUCAUCUAAUUCCGACAAUCCGACUCUUACCGGUCCUGAUAUCUUCGGUGACUUUCUUAGUCAAAAUGCGCCGACCGUAUCUGAUGUGUUUCCUUCCACACACAGUGCACCGCCUCCUUCCUCUAGCACAGACUUCCUGAAUUUAGGAAAUUUGGCCCCAGACCCACCUAAAAUGGCUUCCUCUGCAAGCCAGCCUGAUCUUCUAGGCGGCUGGGAUUCGUGGGCAGAAGCCCCAGCAAUAAGCCCUGCAGCACCCGCACCAACUAAGAAGUCCACUUUGGAAGGUCCAGCUUUUACGACAGGAGGGUCCACGAAUGUCUCUUCGGGCCUUUCGUUUAGUCAAGCAAAAUCACAGAACUUUGACCCUUUUGCUGACCUUGCUAACCUGAGAACUGGCCUUCCAGGUGCAUCUAGUGGCGGAUUCUCAGCUGGCAGUUUUGCUCCAAAGAACACUCCAUCUCAGAAAGCAGGGAAUCAGUGGCAGGCAAGCAAGCUGCCAACUACAAAUGCAUCGUGGCAACCCCAGUCACAGCCAAAGGCACCAGAACAAGCCAAGCCGAGCGUGCAGCCGAAACCGAACUAUACUGUGAAUUUCAGUGUCAUUGGAGGACGGGAAGAGAGAGGCAUCAGGGCCCCUGGCUUUGGACAAAAACCCAAAGUUUCAGAAAACGAUUUUGAGGAUCUUUUGUCGAAUCAAGGGUUUUCAUCCAAAUCUGACAGAAAAGGACCAAAGACCAUUGCUGAGAUGAGAAAGCAAGAAAUGUCUAAAGAUAUGGAUCCUCUAAAAUUAAAGCUUCUAGAUUGGAUUGAUGGAAAAGAGAGGAAUAUAAGGGCGUUAUUAUCUACUCUUCAGGCUGUCCUUUGGGAAGGUGAGACCAAAUGGAAACCGGUUGGCAUGGCAGAUCUGGUUACCCCAGAACAAGUCAAGAAGUACUAUAGGAAGGCAGUGCUUGUCGUUCAUCCAGAUAAAGCCACGGGACAACCUUAUGAACAGUAUGCCAAAAUGAUAUUUAUGGAGCUGAAUGACGCCUGGUCAGAAUUUGAAAACCAAGGAUCAAAAUCACUUUUCUAAGAUGCUUCCUUUUUGAACGGGGGGUGGAUUUCAAAAUGUAUUUGCAGCAAAACCGAAUCUUUUGAGUGCUGUUAGUGUAAACUCCUUAGAUUGAGGAGGGAGGGGGGACUUUUCCCGGCUCUUGCACAGUUUGAAUCUGUACACUCACAAACAUGGUGUGUAUUGUAGGACAUAGCAUCUGAAACAUUACGCAGGUGGCACUUUGGGUCCAUCAGCACUAGGAAGUUUGUGCCCAGAGAGUGGAAAGUUCUGAGCCAUCUUAGAUCGGGUUGUAUGCACCUGUUGUUUUAAUGGUGGCUGCUGGCAUGGGCAAAAUUUGCUAUGGGAAACAUCAUUCAUUUCAAAUCCUGAUUCUUUUUUUCAUCUUCGUUUGAAGAAACACCCAACUUCAGUUUGCAUUUCUCUUUUUUCCCUGUGUAGUCCUUAUGAUUUUUCUUUUCUUCUUUUUAUUUGUUUGCCUUAUUCAAAGUGUUUUAGUGUUCAGCGUCUGUUUCUGUGAGAGGUGUACAUUUUUCUUCCAUAUUUUAUGUAAUCAUUCCAAUAAUCAUUCUGUAAAUAAUUAAAACAUUUUUUUCUGACAA